CUCAAUGUUCUUACGGUCUUGUGGCAUUGAUGUGCUCUGGAGGUGGCGUAGCACGGGCGCCCAAGGUCUCGGAUCUUAAUCGGUGCCUUUGUUGAUACUAUUACUACUACCACUGUUGGGUGGUGUGUGUGCUCUUGGGUGUGUGCGUUGUUGCUGAGAAGAACGAUUCUGCAUAUAGGUGUUGGUAUGUUGAGUUGGGGGACGAACUUUCACUCAGGAUACGAUUAGUUUUCGGAGCUUCGUUGCAGAUCUGGAGCCAUUGGUUUCCUGUUGGAUAUAUCGAUUGCCUGGUGCGACGAAGCAUUGCAUCGUGUGAACUAUGCAUUGUUCCGCAUCUGGUUGCAACGGCGCACUGGGAUGAACACUUGAGUUCGACGUGAAAGCGUGGAUCACUGAUCUGGGUUAAGUCAGAUCUGUAUCUCGUUGUGAUAAUCUCUGAAAUCUACUUUUGUUUGCAGGCAUGCACGCGAAGCAGCCGAACACGUUACUUUGCUGGAUGAUGAAAUCUGCCGAGUUACGAAUCCUUCUUGACCCAACUCCUGGGCACCACCUGUGAAUCUGUUCUCACAUUGUAGCAUUCACCCAAAAAUAUAGUGCUCAUCUCUUCUCUAGACCUUCUGUUCUGUGGCCGUAGUCCGGGUACUCGAAGUUCAUCAUGGUGGGGUGUACAAGGAGCAGGAGACUGGUCAAUGUCUCCCACAUUGUUAUUUUCGUUCUUCUCGCCUAUACCACUACUACUUCCGCUCUUGGCCUAUCCAACACGGAUUCCUCGUGUCAUGGAUCUCGACGGUGCCUUCAGCAAUUUGAAUUCGGACCUCCGGUACCGGCUCCUGCAUCAGAACCUGCACCGAAUGAUCCACUAGCACCCGAUAAUUCGCCUCCAGCACCCCCUGCGGAUUUCUUGGGUUCACCUCCCUCUCCAACUCCCGAACCGCAACCAGUACUCCCAUCACCUACUCCAUCUCCAGUUGCUGAUCCAGUUCUCCCAGGUCCUGCUCGAACUCCCGGACAGACCCUACCUCCUCCAGCACCUGCUCCAACACCCGUGGGUGCAGGUCCAGCACCAGUCAUUCCGCCAUUUGGGUCUGUGUCACCUGUGCCAUCGCUGGCUCCAGCCGUUUUACCUCCUACUGGUGGGUUCGUCCCCGUCGUUCCAUCGCCUACUCCUGCGUUGCCACCUAAAUUAUCCCCUACAGUUGCUCCUGCGUCUCCCCCUCCUUCAAUCGCUCCUCCCCCUCCUGGAACUGACGAUUCUCCUCCGUCCCCACCAACCCCCAGUGUGGUGCUUCCUCCUGCUUCCCCAGCAGCUGCAUCCAGCUCAGAGUCUUCCAACAAAUCAACAGUCAAAGCUGCUGUAGGCGCCACUGUCGGAGUUUUCUUGUUUGCUUUGGUCGCAUUAGGGUUGAUCGUGUUCUUCAAGCCAGAAUGGCUGCCAUGUUGCGGGGAGGACAGAAGACGGCAAGCUCAGUAUGAGCGCCACAUCACUGACUUCUAAUUUAGUGUGAAACAGUUUGGGAUUCGGUGGAUUUUAGCGAUAUGACAGCCAUUGCUAUUCGACUGGGCCGGUGCAGCGCAACUUGUGCUCAAGACAGAAGGUCUGAGAUUGGACCCAGCUCCAAGCCUUUCAGAGGAUCAAACCAGCUGAGGAGUUGAUCUUCAUCCCAAUUUGCUUGACUGAGAACUUGUAGUAGGGUUUUCUUGUGAGCAUCUACAGCCGUCUACUUUUUAGAUGGCUUCCGUAACGACAACAAUGUAGGAUUUUGGCAGGAGCAGCUUAGAGACCCAGCAGCCUCAUUAACUACACACCAGGUGUUUUGAGGUCCAACUGCGGUGGAGUCGUGUAAGCCAUCAGUCGUUAGGAUUCGGCAUUCCUUUGGAACCUUCUUCAGGUCCACAAUUUGUUUGGUCUUGAAGGAUUCCCUACUUGCUACGCCAUGAAUCCUUCUUUAUAUGAAAUUAAUACGCAGUCUUCUCCACAUGUCGGGCACCAGAUCAUGCACCAUCCGCAAGACUCAUGCACGCUCCUCAUGCAUUUUUAAACAAAAAUUAUUGUCAGAUCAUUA